UUUGCAAAGGAAGUGCGAAACACCAGCAUCGGUGGUUGAGCUGGGACACAUUUGGCUCUGACCACUCUAUAGGAGAAGCCAGAGGAGCAUAGAGUCAACAUGAAGUUCAUCAGGGUUCUGGUCCUCCUGCUGCUAACAUCGGUCCACAUCUUCACACCAGUUUUAUCGUCUGAGGCAGAGCAGGAAACAAAGUCAAAUGUUACAGAAUCUCAAACCACUUCUGAGCAACGAGCGGUGUUAGUUACAACCACAACAACAAAAUCAUUGGACCAAACUGAAUCAUCAACAUCUACAGCUCCAACAUCUGCCCAAGGGGUAACUCCAGGCCCCCAGGCCCCCAGCACCACAACUAAUCUUUUCACCAAAGAUGUCCCCAUUGGGCGAACUACCACGGUGAAGACACUUUUAACCACAGCAGUAUCGACUCAAAAGCCGAGCGUGACUACUAUGUUAACGGCAAACCAGACCACCAAAGAAAAUUUGACAAGUAACAUUGAUAAACCACUAGGCCACGUUGAUAUGACAACCAUGAACAACGACUCAGGUUCAGAUAUCUCUGGCCAAGAUUCCAAAGACAAGAUCCAAAUAUUAACACAACCCGAGAAGAAAGAUGAGAAGCCACAACCUCCACAGAAACAUGCAGGCGCAGACAAAAGGCUGUGGUGGAUCGUGCUUCCUGCCCUCCUAGUUGUUGGUGCAAUUGCAAUUGUCUUCAAAUUCAAAAGCAAGAAAGUCCAUGAUCACUCAGAAACCAUUGACACUGGGACUGAGAAUGCAUCUUUCCAAAGCAGACCUGAAAGCACCAAAGAUGGAGUCAUGCUCCUAGGAGUAAAGUCAUCCAGCACAGAAGAAAAUGCUGCUAUGAGCUAAAAAGGAGAAGAGAAGAAGAGUAAAGUGAAGAUCAGCACAAGGAGGCGCUGCAAGGGUGCUCCUGGUCAGCAGGGGCCAAUUAAGUUUGACUCUCAAUUCUUUUUAUUUUAUUUUAUUUUGCAAACCAGGAAAGUUUUCAUGUCUAAAUUUAGAAAGCUGAAUGCAGUUUAAAAGCCCUAGAACAGCAAUGCCUCUGAAAGAAAUGGAUGUCUGCAGAGCAGGGCGGUGUAAUAUUAGGAAGGCAUGCACUUAGGUCAAAUUUGUUUACUAAAGAUGCACCAGACAAACCAGCUGGUGAUCAUAAUGGAUGAUAUUCAGCAGGAUCAGCUUUUAUGAAGCUAGAAAAUCAGCUGUUUACUUAUUUGGGUCCCUGAAUGCAUCAUCCAUUGCCAAAUAGAAAUACAAUAAUGUUCUAAAAGACCAGAGGCUGGAGCUAGAGCAUGUAGAGCUGUCAUGUUUAAUAUGUGGUGCACCCCCAGCACACACCUUUUUAAUGCUGAGUCCACACACACAUCCCUCCUAAAGGGCCUCAGGCCCAUUAUGCACUGAUGUAACAAAUCGCUCUCAUUCUAAUAAAAGCAUACUAUUUUUGCUGUUUAUCUUUUAUCUGGGUUGUCUCUGUUCAGGUGGAGUCUGUUUAUCCUGUUUUGUACAAACCUGUCUGUCAAAAUAAAUCUCUAAAU